AUGGAAAGAACCACAAACCAGACCAAUAGAAAACAAGACUUCAAGCCAUGUAAACAAAACCCUCUUGGUGUUCAUUCCAAGGGGACUUCAAAGAGCUUGCGGCACCGUGUUAUCUGUGUGGAGGCUGGAAAUUUGAAUGAUGGAACACCAACGGACAAUCAGCCCCUGCUGGACCUGAGAGGAAUGGAUGAAGCUGGGUCCAGAAUGGAAGUUCAAGUGUCUGUAAUCCAAAUAACAGAAGAGGAAAUCCUUGCCUUCAUCGAGGUGGCUACUGAGCCAGCUACAGAAAUCCCAGAUCCAGCAUCAAAUGAGGGAGACGAACCCACUACGCGGAUCAAUUGA